ACGAGAACAUCGAACAACAGAGAGGCUCUGUAGAAGCUGUUGUCGUUCGAAACGGAACGGAACGGAACGGAGCGGAUAGGUGGGACCGAAGGCAGGCGGAGAAGUGCUAGUAGCAGCGGGGAAGUAAUUCACGGCACUGCACCGGGACCACAGAUUCAUUCACUUAAAACCGUGUUUGGACAGCAGUACGUUUGCUUUCGUCUUUGUUGCCGUCUGCGGAACAAGUGUCACUACCAGCAACAGACGGGAGGGAUUCACCUAUACAGAUGAAGCUGCGGUGUGUGUGUGCCAUUAAUCAGCCCUUGCCUAAAUCUGGAAGAGAAGUUGGAGCGUCUCUGUUUCAGUGUGCAGGUUCUGUUGCAUCAGUUUCGCCGCAGGUGACCCCCACCCCUUCGCCAAAAUCCGGCUAUUAGAUGUGACCACGAGGUUGAUCAGGAGAAGCCACCAUGUCUUAAACACAGACGGGCCCUCCGGAGCCCUGUCCCCCCACCCUGGACCACCCUCCCCUUCCCCCAUCCACCACCUUACCCCUUCUCCCAGCCCCAUCCCACUCCCAGACCUCCCUGCACAUGUGAGGGACAGGCUACCCAGCCCUGGCUCCCCACUGGCACACCCCUCCCCUCCCUCCGGAGAGAUGAGCCUGCAGAAGCACCAGCAGUUGGGUGGUGGUAGCGGUGGGGUGAUGGGCUCUGACCGGGACCUGCAGUCCACUGCUUCCUCCAUCUCUCUGCCCUCUGUGAAGAAGGCCCCCAAGAAGAGACGCCUGUCCCUCGCCUCUCUGUUCAGACGGCGAGGUCGGGAGUCCAAAUCGGGGCGCCAAAGGUCCAGAGAGCUCCAGCACACUGGACCUGGAGGGCUCGGAGGGGUGGACGGCAUCGCCAGCAUCGAGAGCAUCCACUCUGAGAUGUGUAACGACAAGAACUCUGCCUUCUUCUCUGUGGCCGCGACCGGAGCUGCCUCUGCUGCUGCCGCUUGCUGCGCUGCUCCACCUCAGAAUGCCUCAGGGCCUUCUUCCUCUACCUCCUCCUCCUCCUCCACCUCCAAGGUGGGGGGUGGGGUGGGGGCAGAGCUACUGGAGUGCCCGCUGUGCCUUCUGCGCCACUCCAGGGAGAGCUUCCCUGACAUCAUGACCUGUCACCACCGCUCCUGCAUCGAUUGCCUGCGCCAGUACCUGCGCAUUGAGAUCUCAGAGUCGCGCGUCAACAUCAGCUGCCCUGAGUGCGCAGAGCGCUUUAACCCACACGACAUCCGCAUGAUCCUGGGUGACCGGGCGCUCAUGGACAAAUACGAGGAGUUCAUGUUGAGGAGGUGGCUUGUGGCUGACCCUGACUGCCGCUGGUGCCCUGCACCGGACUGCGGGUACGCGGUGAUCGCCUUUGGGUGUGCCAGCUGUCCUAAGAUCACAUGCGGCAGGGAGGGCUGCGGCACAGAGUUCUGUUACCACUGUAAGCAGCUGUGGCAUCCCAACCAGACCUGUGACGCAGCACGACAGCAGAGGGCCCAGAGCCUCCGCCUGAGGACGGUCCGCUCGUCCUCCCUCAGCUACAGCCAAGAGAGUGGAGCUGCAGCUGAUGACAUUAAGCCAUGUCCGCGCUGUGCUGCCUACAUCAUCAAAAUGAACGACGGCAGCUGUAACCACAUGACCUGCGCUGUCUGCGGCUGUGAGUUCUGCUGGCUCUGCAUGAAGGAGAUCUCAGACCUGCACUACCUGAGCCCGUCAGGCUGUACUUUCUGGGGAAAGAAGCCAUGGAGCAGGAAGAAGAAGAUUCUUUGGCAGCUGGGAACACUUGUGGGUGCCCCUGUCGGCAUCGCACUCAUCGCCGGCAUAGCUAUCCCCGCUAUGAUUAUUGGCAUCCCUGUAUAUGUGGGAAGAAAGAUCCAUAACCGCUAUGAAGGCAAGGAUAUCUCCAACCACAAGAGGAACCUGGUGAUCGCUGGUGGAGUGACUCUCUCUGUCAUUGUGUCCCCAGUGGUGGCUGCAGUCACUGUCGGCAUUGGAGUUCCCAUCAUGCUGGCUUAUGUGUACGGUGUGGUGCCCAUCUCUCUGUGCCGUAGUGGAGGUUGUGGUGUCUCAGCUGGAAAUGGGAAAGGAGUUCGCAUUGAGUUUGACGAUGAGAAUGACAUGAAUGUUGGCAGUGGGGCAGCUGCCACCGAUACUACAUCAGUGGCAGACACCAGGAACAACCCCAGUAUAGGUGAAGGCAGUGUCGGGGGACUAACGGGCAGCCUGAGUGCCAGCGGCAGCCACAUGGACCGUCUGGGGGCCAUCAGGGACAACCUGAGCGAGACGGCGUCCACCAUGGCCCUAGCCGGAGCCAGCAUCACCGGCAGCCUUUCUGGCAGUGCCAUGGUCAAUUACUUAAACAGGCUGGAGGUGCAGGCCGAUGUGCAGAAGGAGCGCUGCAGUCUGAGCGGCGAGUCUGGCACUGUCAGCCUGGGUACAAUCAGCGACAACGCUAGCACCAAAGCAAUGGCUGGAUCCAUUCUUAACGCCUACAUGCCCCUCGACAGAGAUGGGAACAGUAUGGAGGUCCAGGUUGACAUCGAAUCCAAACCCGGUAAACUACGGCACCACAGCGGCAGCAGCAGCGUAGAUGACGGCAGCCAUGUCGGCCGCUGUGGCUGGACCUGCCCCUCCAACGGUUGCACCUCCUCAGAAGGCAAAGGAACCUCCACUAAAUGGGCCAAAGAGGCAUCCUGCUCCUCCUCCUCUAGCUCAGGGGGCAAAAAGAGCAAAGGCAAGCUGCGCAAGAAAGGCGGCGGCGGCACCAAGAUCAACGAGACGCGGGAAGACAUGGACGCUCAGCUGCUGGAGCAGCGCAGCACCAACUCCUCAGAGUUUGACUCCCCCUCGCUGAGCGGUAGCCUGCCGUCCGUGGCCGACUCUCACUCCAGCCACUUCUCCGAGUUCAGCUGCUCCGACCUGGAAAGCAUGAAGACGUCCUGUAGCCACGGCUCCGGCGGAGGCGACUACCACACACGCUUCGCCACCGUCAGCCCCCUACCCGAGGUGGAGAACGACCGCCUGGAGACCUGCCCCGCUUCUUCUUCGUCCUCCUCCCAGGGGCAAGGAGCUGUGAUCACUCCCCACUCCCCCACCUCCACCACCUCCUCCCUGGGUCACAGCGCAGAGCUCUCCCCUCUCUGCUUCAUCACAGAGGAGAAUGUCAACCUGGUGUGCCCCGCUGAGCUGGACUCUCACAGCAACACCAGAGAGCUGCUAAAAGAAACCAACAACAACAACCACCAACCACAGCACCCAACCCAAACCCAGCAGCAGCCCAAGAACUCCUGUAUACAGACUGACAUAUAAAAUCUCAAUACCUUAAGUGCUGCACAGACGCUGUUUUUAUUUAACAUCUUUUCCUCCUCUAAACUAACAAUCAUAGCCUACAGUUUAACCUGCAUUUUCUGUUCUUCCCCCUGUAAAGGGGAUGUGUUAUUUUGGGAUUUCUGCCCUUCAUAAAAAAGCAACCCUUGAGUAAAACAGAGAUCUGUGUGUCCACUGACUGUCGGAGGGCUUGUUGGAAGUAUUAAGAGGUUUCCACAGUGCAGCCAUGUGAGAAAGGUUAAGGUUGUGAAUGCUGGUGUUUCUCCCUGUGCGACCCGCAGACUGCUAACACUUUUUUGACAGUUCACUCACCCACCACUUGUAACAGAGACAGCCUUCAUAUUUAGUUGCUGUCCUUUUGAUCUGUGUAGGUUCAAAUAAAACCACUGUGCCGGUUUUUGCUAGUAUUUGAUUUUGGCUCGACAAUGCGGAUGCAACACCAUGCAGGAAUCUUAAUGUUACAGCUUUCCAGAAGUGAACUCAAACAGGGACCAGGCAAUAUGAUUCACUAGUUCCUCUUUUUAUCCCCCCCCCCCCCCC